AUGCUUGACGAAAAAGCCCCACCUCACCCAGCUCUCGAUACUGUGGAGACAAGGCGGGAGGGCCAAGUCUAUGAGGUGACACAGCUUGACAAGAAUCGGUUCAACCUGUGGAGUACCAUAGGUAUUCAGUUUUCAGUUACCGCAGCGCCUCUUGGAAUCGCUGGCUAUACCACUCUCAUAACCGGGGUUGGGGGUAGCCCUUUCUACUUCUGGGGCUUCCUAGUUGCUGUAAUCGGGCAACUUCUGGUAGCAUUGAGCUUGGCCGAACUGUCGAGUGCCUAUCCGCAUACUUCUGGGCAAGUAUAUUGGACUGCCACUUUAAGUCCGCCUCAUUAUGCGCGCUUUCUCAGCUACUUGAAUGGCAUGAUGACAACAUUUGGAUGGAUCUUCGCUUCAGCUGGAACCGCGGUCUUCUCGGCUGAUUUUUUUGUCAGCUUUGGCCAGCUUGUUUCAGACACAUACGAGCCUACUUCGUGGCAAAUCUUUCUUCUCGUCAUCGCUGUCUUAAUUGUCGCAUUCAUAUUGAACACGCUGCUCAUCAGUAUGGUGCCAAAUUUGACAGCUUUUAUGGUUGUUUUUUUGAAUAUUGCAGCCUUGUUUAUCUGCAUUACCCUACUCGCUACCGUGAACCCAAAAGCCUCUGCAAAGACAGCAUUUAUUGAUGUUGUCAAUGAGACUGGCUGGUCAUCAGACGGACUGGUAUUCUUUCUUGGUCUCCUUCCCGGCAUGAUGACUGUCUGCUUGUUUGAUACAGCAGCCCACAUGGCAGAAGAACUUCCCCAACCACAGAGACAGGUGCCAAUUGUCAUGCUGGCGAAUGCAAGUCUCUCUGCUAUCGGCAGUUUGAUAAUGGUCAUUUCCUUAAUUUUCUGUACCACCCAUCCGGAAAACCUUCUCCAACCAUUGGCGGGUAUGCCUAUUCUUCAGAUAUGCUGGGACGCCUUGCCAUCAAAAGCAUUCGUUAUUGUUGUCUGCCUGAUAUAUUGGACCAUGACACUUAACGGCCUCAUAAGCAUUAUCACAGGUUGCAGCAGGGUUAUUUGGUCUUUCGCGAAAGUGGGAGGCUUGCCGUUCGAAAAUUUGCUCUCGGCAGUCAAUGAUCGCUUCCAGACACCCUUCAACGCUGUACUUGCAUCAUGUGGGGCAUGUGCGCUCUUCUCUAUCCUUUGCUUUGCGCCUCUCACAGUGUUAAAUGGACUAUUCGGCGCAUCGGUAGUCUGCUUUACCACCUCCUACGCUAUGCCAACCUGCCUGCGUCUGGCUAAUUUCCAAACUCUCCCUUCGAAUAGAUACUUUAACCUCAGAGCCGCUGGUCCUGUCAUCAAUAUUAUCGCAAUAUGCUGGAUGAUUAUCAGUGCCUUAUUUGUUUGCUUCCCCCAAUAUGUGCCUGUGACGUUGGAUACUAUGAACUGGGCACCAGUGAUCUUUGGUGUCGUUUUGUCAAUUGUCUUUGCGAAUUGGUUCAGGGUUAGAGCCACUUUUCGGUGUCCCCGCGGUCUUUUACCUGAACAGUCAGAUUGA